CAGGAGUGAUGAAACACAACUCCUGGCACUGCAGGAGCUUUCUGUCUCCAGGUUUCUCUCUCCAUGCUCCUUUCUCCUGCCCUCCUGGCCUCCUGAAGAUGCCCAGGAGAGGAGCCCCUCCUGUGGGGACACUCCUGGUGCUGCUGCAGCUGGCAUUUGUCCCAUCCCCACUGGCAGGCUGCCUCCUGGAUCCCUGUUUGGAGGUCACCCCUAACACAACUUUCAGAUGCACUGGACUGAACAUCUCUGGAGUUCCUGAUGGAGUCCCAAACACCACCCAGAACCUGGACCUCAGUUUCAGCAAUCUGAAAUCACUGGGGUCAAAUUAUUUUGCAUCAGUCCCUGAGCUGCAGAUUCUGGAUCUUUCAAGGUGCCACCUCCAUACAAUAGAAGAUAACUCCUUUAUGGAUCUCCCUAGACUUUCCACCUUGGUUUUAACUGCCAAUUCCUUACAGCACCUGGGAAAAGCAGCUUUCUAUGGCUUAACAUCUCUGAAAAAAUUGGUUCUGGUGGAAACCAACAGGACCUCUCUGUCUGAGCUGCCUAUUGGCCACUUGCAUACCCUGCAGGAACUGAAUUUAGGCCACAACAGCAUCACUUCAUUGAAGCUUCCCAAGUAUUUCACCAACAUGACCUCCCUCAGGCUCCUGAGCUUCUCCUCUAACAAGAUCACGUCUAUCUCCAGAGGAGACCUUGAUGCCCUGAGGGAAGGGAACAGGCUCAACCUCACGCUGGUGCUUUCCUUGAACAAUAUCAAAUCCAUAGAGCCGGGGGCCUUUGCAGGGAUUCACCUCGCUGAGCUGGCUCUCAGGUCUGCUUUUGAGAAACCCACCAUGCAAACUGCUCUGCAAGGCCUGGCUGGUUUGCAGGUCAGCAGACUCAUAGUGGGGGAGUUCAGGAAUAUUGAGAGACUGCAGGACUUUGAGGGGAGGCUCUUGGAUGGACUGUGCCAGGUACAGAUGGAAGAGUUUGUCUUAAUCUGCCUCCGGGGGUUUAAGGAUGACACAGACACUCUCUUCAACUGCAUAGGCAACGUCUCCACCAUUCGCCUGGUGGACCUCGGACUGAAGGAGAUAUCACAGGUUCCUGUGUGGUCUAAAGUGAGACAGCUGGAAUGCAAGAAAUGCCAUUUUGAGGAUGUGCCUGCCCAGAAGCUGUCACUUUUCAAGGAGCUGAGAAUGCUUCGUAUUAACGAUAACAGAAAUCUCAAAACCUUCGAGCAUAAAUUUAAGGGUCUCAGUAACCUGGAGGUCAUUGAUUUGAGUGAGAACAGACUCACCUUCAGCAGCUGCUGCUCCCCUCAGUUUCAAAAUUGUCCAAAUUUGAAACACUUGAACUUAAGCUUCAAUUCUAAUAUCAGAUUGACUGGAGAUUUCACUAAUGUGAAGAAUUUGUUAUAUUUGGACCUUCAGCACACAACUUUAUUUGGUCCUGGCUCCUACCCUGUCUUUCUGUCCCUUCAGAGACUGAUUUACCUGGAUAUUUCCCACACCAAAACCGAAGUUAAAUCCCAGUGUACAUUUUGUGGCUUGAACUCUUUGCAAGUGCUUAAGAUGGCAGGAAACUCCUUUGCAGACAAUAAGCUGGCAAACAACUUCAAAAACCUAAGUCACCUCCACACCUUGGAUAUUUCAAGCUGCAAAUUAGAACAUGUGGAUCAAAGUACUUUUGAUGCCCUGUCUGAGCUAAAAGAGCUAAACAUCAGCAACAAUAAGCUCAUGACUUUUGAUCCUGUAGUCUACCAGCCACUGCAAGCCCUCAGAGUCCUGGAUUUCAGCAGAAACCAGCUGGCUGUUCUGUUGGACCCAGCCAGGGAAAUCCUGCCUGACAGCCUGGUCCUGCUGGAUAUCUCUCAAAACCUCUUUGAUUGCUCCUGUGUGUACCUGGACUUUCUGAAGUGGGUCAAGGAGAAGCAGGAGCUGCUGCAGAACGAAGAGCUGAUGCUGUGCCACACUCCCUCCUACGUGGCCAACGUGAGCCUGCCAAGCUUUGAUCUGUCCUCCUGCCACAUCAGCGCAGGCCAGGUUGCCUCCCCAGUGGUUGUGUUGUUCUGUGUAGUGGUGUUCCUCUUCCUGGUUUACAGGUACUACUUCCAGCUCUACUACUCCAUGGUGCUGCUCAGCGGGUGCAAACACUACGCAGAAAGAGGUGACACCUACGACGCCUUUGUCAUCCACUCCAGCAAAGACCAGGAGUGGGUGAUGAAGGAGCUGGUGGAACCUUUGGAAGGAGGGACACCUCGCUUCCGCCUGUGCCUGUACUACAGGGACUUCCUGCCAGGGGUGCCCAUUGUCACCAACAUCAUCGAGGAGGGUUUCCUCAGCAGCAGGAAUGUUAUUGCAGUUAUCUCCGCUGACUUCCUGCAGAGCAAGUGGUGCAGCUUUGAGUUCGACAUUGCCCAGUCCUGGCAGCUGGUGGAGGGAAAGGCUGGGCUAAUCAUGAUUGUGCUGGAGGAUGUGAAUAAAGCCCUGCUGAGGCAGAGGCUGGGGCUGUCUCGGUACCUGAGGAGGAACACCUACCUGGAGUGGAAAAAUAAGGAAAUAAGCAAGCACAUCUUCUGGAGGCAGCUGAUAGGAGUGCUGCUGGAAGGCAAAAAUUGGAAUCACGAGGAGGAAAAACUCAUGUGAAGAGAAAAGAAGGGUUCUUCCUGCCCUGUCUGCCAUCCUGGCCUGAUGGAUGGUGCUGAGAAACUGGUUCUUCUGUUGCUGCUCAAGAGUCAGAGGGAGUGGUUGGAGGCACUGCCACAUCACUACAGAAAUUCCUGCCUUGCUGGUCACCUUCUCUCAAGGAAAUUUGCAAGUUCAGGAGUGACAAGGGUCAGAAGAGCUGCCUGAGCUCCGUGUUUGGCCAUGGCUGUCACCCACAGGUGCCCCAGCAAUACCUCAGGUGUGGUGGGUAUAGGAACAGAUCAGUGUUCUUACAGUCAUCUGGCUUCUUCUGAAACUGGAUUUGGGUCCUGAGACCAUUUACCCAGAGGAACUUCGCAGUCUGUUCCUUUGAGUGGACCCCAGAAUCUCAAAGGCAGAAUAAAGACACAGGAUUUUCUGCUCUAAAAACUUUGUGAAACAGAAAUGAGGUUUGGAUUCUGAAAGUCUUGUGCCUGCCUCUGCAGGUACCAUGACUUGGGACAAGUCUUCCAGGGAGCAAUGGGGCAUCCUACAGCCCAGCUGGCAGCUGCUCAGGGAACCUGAGUAGUGCUAUCAUCAGGGAGGGAGGUUUCUGUGGUUGGGAAAUUUGCCCAAUGUGUUUCUUUCAGUUUUCUUUAGACCAAGGCUAAAUAUUGAAAGCAUCACUUGAAAAUCUUACUUCUAUCUAGAUUAUAUAGCAUUUGAGAGGGAAUUUUUGAGUUUUCUUGCAGGCACAAGAAAUGUGUAACACCUCUAAAUGAAAAUAUUUCUUUGCUG